GUCACGGGGUCAAAGGGCGUGCCGGCUUCCGCUUCCAUCACUGUUUCGGGCCGCUCAGCCGUCUCUGAGGCAACGCGGGGCUGAGGCGGGCUCCCUUCGGGUCGUGAGGUUGUCAAGAAAGGUUGAACAGAUAAAAAGAUGAAGCUUUACAGUCUAAGUGUUCUUUACAAAGGUGAUCCCAAAGUGCACUUACUGAAAGCUGCUUAUGAUAUCUCAUCAUUUAGCUUCUUCCAGAGAUCCAGCGUUCAAGAAUUUAUGACCUUCACAAGUCAACUGAUUGUAGAACGUUCAGAGCUUGGAAGCAGAGCUUCUGUAAAGGAACAAGAAUACCUCUGCCAUGUUUAUGUACGGAAUGAUGGUUUGGCUGGAGUGGUAAUUGCAGAUCAUGAAUAUCCAUCCCGGGUUUGUUUCACAUUGUUGGAUAAGGUACUUGAUGAAUUCUCUAGGCAAGUUAAUAGGAUAGACUGGCCUUCUGGAUCUCCAACAACGAUAACCUAUACAGCAUUGGAUGGAUACCUUAGUAAAUAUCAGAAUCCUCGUGAUGCCGAUGCAAUGACAAAAGUACAAGCCGAAUUGGAUGAGACCAAAGUUAUCCUGCACAAUACAAUGGAGUCCUUGUUAGAACGAGGAGAGAAACUGGAUGACUUAGUGGCCAAGUCAGAGAUUCUUGGAAAUCAGUCAAAAGCCUUUUACAAAACUGCCCGGAAGCAGAAUUCAUGCUGUGACAUCAUGUGACUCCAUCCACCGUGUACCUUCACCACCGCUUUGGACUAUCUGGAUUGGAUUGGAUUUCAUGACUCCUGGAGAGAGGCAGCAGCACCUACAUGUAACUACAGCAGCAGCUGAUGUUCCCAGAUUCAGCCGUCACAGCCACACUGGAGGCAAGAAAUAGGCUACCAUGUUGGGGGGGCUCCAUGAAAUUGAAACCUUAUUUGAAAAAAAGAACUUUCAUGGCAAGAGUGUAUCUGGGAUAUUAGGUUGGUGACACAAAGGGAGUUGAGAAUGGAUCCUGGUGCUUACACACAUUCCUGUUUUGGUCAUUGGCUGAUAUCUGUGUGGGGAUUUGCUGCUCUCCUUUCCAAAACUACAAACAGAUGUAGACUCGUGCAUACUUAAGAGUAAGAAAAAGAGUUUGGCCAUCUGGAAAUGCCUUUUUUCCAGGAUUUGCAUAGUGUCCUUGUGUCUUAAAAUGUUGGGUGCUGAUUUUUGGAAGUGAAGCAAAACCCAAUCCGUUUUGAACCCAUUCAGAAUUGUUCAAAGAACAUGGAUCUCUGCGUUCUGCAUGAAAAAAAGAAAAAAGAUCUCUAAUGCAGCUCAAGAACUGAUUAUACUUUGUAAUAUAGAAUUAUACUUUACUCCAAAGAAGUGGGAAAGCGGUUUUAGGACUAAUAUAGAUAUGUACAUGCUUUUAAGUUUUCUCUUGAUUUUAGGUGGGAAACUUCUUCCCAACCUUCCCAAACCAAGAAUUUGUUUUGUUUUUGCCAAGGAUAUAAGUAGCAGCAUUUAGCUCCCUCUUUUAUCCGGUAUCGUUGCCACUGAUCAAACCCAGGAUUUCAGUUGCUCUUGGAUAUUCCAGUUUGUUUAGGUUGGGUUUAUUGAUGAAAAGCUGGCAACUCAUCUAAGCUGAUGGUUUGGUGAUACUACACCAUUCAGCAGGACGCGGAAUGAAUGGGGAGCUGUAUUGCAAUCCCGGGAUACCUUCCCACUCUAUGUAUUAUGGCUGCUGUCCUGAUGAUGAACCUGCCCUGGUAAGCAGCCCUCCUUGAACAUGCUGCCUUCAAAAGAAUAAGCUGCUGUUUUACACUCGCCAUUAUACCAGAGCCUUGUAGAGUAUGAGCUAUCCUGUAUUGGGUCUCAGUGUGUUCGUUGCUGCAACCACGCAGCUUGGCGUUGUCUUGUGGUGUCUUUGGCCAAGACUGUAUUCUCCCAUGGUCGGAGAAUUUGUCCCUGCUGGUUUUGUGUAAGUGUAGGAAAUGUUAUUUAAUGCUUUUGUCUUUCUGUCAGUGGCAUCUCGGCUCUAAGGCCCAUUCUGUCUUUUGUAGGGUGGAGGCCAGGGUGGGUAGGGUUACCGUUCUACAGCUGUAUUUCUGCCUUCCUUCCCAAUGUUUUGCUUUAUUGUAAGUGGGUUGGACAUGUCUGCACACCAUGUCCCUUAAAGUCAGCUGAUCCCCAACCAGGAGUCCUUUGUGAAGCAAUUCAGCUAGGCAAUAGGAAAAACAUGUCACUUGGAGCUUUUGCCCUUCAAUGGCAUGUUUGUGCACACCCACCCAUGGUGGAAUGAUCACUCCUCCGAUAUAUUAAUCCAGUAGGGACAGAUGUCCAUCUUCUAGGCUGAAGAUGUAACAUCUUGGGCACAGCUUUCCUAACUCCGUUGAUAAACUGACAUCACUCACUGAGCCAUCUCUCCAUUCCAGAAGAGAGACGUAAAAAACCAGGAAGUUGUCCUUGCCCAUUAGCAAGGAACCAGUUAGUGCCAAGAAGACAAAAUGCCAGAAUGACAAAAGGCAAUUUAAGGCAAAGUUGAAGGUUCCUGAUGUGACUCUGAGAAAUUGUAUUUAUGGCUUGCAUUGUUCCUUUCUUAAAACGUGUCCGUCAUGCACAGUUGCAUCAGCUCUUGAUAACUUAUUGAGCCAACUUCCGUGCAAUUUAUAUAUAUUCAUCAACUUAGUCAGUACAGUAAAGUGGAACAAGUCAGCAACCUGGGGUUUGAACACAUUUCUGUUUGACUGGGUACUUCUUGGGACUUGACAACUUGGCUACUUUGCUUUGUGAGGUCUUUUUUGGGGGAAGACACCUGGUUGAAAGAACUCGUGCAGAGGCUGCCUUGGCAGAUCUGAUGCAGCACCCUUGUGGUGCCAGAAAUCACCAGCCUUAAUUCUUUUUCUUCCUCCAAUGUCUGCUUCAGAUGCAUCAACCUAAGGGCUGUCGUAUUUUCUGUGAAGUCCAUUUCUGCAGUGGUCAGUUCCUUGUGGACUGUUAACUUUCCUCCGAAAGAUUAAGAGGGUAGGUGGAACACUGCAGUGAGUUUCGCUACUACUUGCUGUAAAAGAAAAUGAGUCCUCCUCCUCUCAUUCUGUGAUUUGAAAUGUACAGUACUCUAGAAACUUGCUUGCAUUAUAUUUUUUUUGCCCCUUAGGCUCAUGAAUUCCUAACCUCUUUCUAAUGUGGAAGCUUUUACUAAAGAUUGUAUUUUAAUAAAUAUUGCUUAAUGUCUGUAUGUACUGGUUAUUGGAAUAUAUCUAUAAAGUUGUCACUUGAUCAUCUAGAAUUGGUUGUGUCUUAUUAACUCUGGGGGGAUUUUAGUUGGUCAUAUUUCUCACAGGGGUGCAAUUGUUAGAUAU